AUGGGGCCGGUGCGUCGAAGUAAGAAGCCUCCACCAGAUGGCUGGGAAAUGAUUGAACCAACUAUCGAUGAAUUAAGCAAAAAAAUGCGUGAAGCAGAGACCGAUCCUCAUGAGGGCAAGCGUAAAGUUGAAGCAGAGUGGCCUAUUUUCCGUAUUCAUCAUAAACGUUCAAGGUACAUCUACGAUCUUUACUACAAGAGAAAAGUGAUUUCAAAGGAGUUGUACGACUACUGUAUAAAGGAAAAAAUCGCUGAUGCUAACUUGAUAGCUAAAUGGAAGAAGCAGGGUUAUGAAAAUCUUUGCUGUUUACGAUGUAUCCAGCCUCGAGACACAAACUUCGGUACAAACUGUGUAUGUCGUGUUCCAAAAUCAAAACUAGAGGAAGGCAAGGUCGUAGAGUGUCAAAAUUGUGGCUGUCGUGGUUGUUCAGGAUAA